AUGUUCUGUCUUCGCAGUUGGCUCCCCCUCCUGUUCAUCCCGACAAACGCAUCGCCGGCCUUCAUUUUCUUCUUCUUCCUCUGCACAUACUUCCUCAACCGGCCAUGCUUCUACUGCUCGUUUCUCCUCCUCGUACUCUUCCUCACAUCGUGUAACUGGUCCGACCGCUGCUUUCUCGACUUCAGCAGCAACUGGUUCCAGCCUCAACCCGCAGGGAGCUACACGUAUUUGCCAACUACGGUGUUGAAAGGACAACAGACGGCCAACCUCACGGCGACCGAUGACCUCAACGCGACGUCCUCGGCUGUUAUUGUGGAGAUGGUGAACACGACGGCGGAGGCGUUGGCUUCCGCUGCCACGGAGCAGAUUGCAAGGGCCAAAGUAGAGUGGACGGGGCUCGGUCUGGAAUGGCUGCGAAGUCUCCUAGGCCGAAGGGAAUGGCGGAUCGACUGUUUGGAUCUCUACAUCAGGUUAUAG